AUGAUUGAUUUACAUACGAGUAAUUCACACAUUCUAGCCAAUACUUUAAUAAGUUAUGAAUAUGCCCGUGCAGUGUUUAGUGUUUUAUUUAAAAACACAACAAUGCCAAUCGGUAAUGUAAGUAGAGACACCGCUCCUAAGCGAGAGACGUUCAGGCCGCCAUGGGUGAAAGACAAGGACUCGGAUGCACCUCCUGCCUGGACUCAGAAAAAGUUAAAGCCAGUUGAGAGCUCUGCCAAGAGCGUGGAUGAAGCAGCAGCAGCUACACCCGUUGCCAAGCCUUUAAAACCUUUAUUAAAAAAACAAUCCACAAUAAGAGAAAAGCCAGAAAACGGGGUUUCUGAACAAGUAGAAGAAAAGCUCGUUAAGCCUUCUGCUGCAAAGCUAGCAGACAAGGCUUCAAAAUCUGGAGAAGAUAAGCCAAAGUUCACUAAAUCUAAUGUAAAAUCUAUCGAUAAGCAAGUAAAAUUAGACGACAAAGUUACUGAAAAAGUACCGGAGAGACCAAUUCUCAAAACUGUAAAAACUAUUGACGAUAAGGCAAAAGAAAAAUCUGUUAGUAUUAUAGAUAAAAGGUCUAUAAAUAAAAGUGAUGCAACAAAACAAAAUAACUCGGUAAAUGACAAAGCUGUCAAAGCAUCCAGUAUUAAGGAAAUAAAAAAGGAAGAUACACUCACCGAAAAAACUACAGUAGAUGAAAAAAUUGAAGAUAAAUCAAAUAAGACGUUAAACAAUAUUAAUAAAGACGUCAAAAAAAUAGAAAAGCCAAAAGCAGACGAUAAAGAAGAAGAUAAAUCAAAAAUGACUACCAAGCCACCUCUUGAGAAAACAAAUUCUAAGCUUCCACCACGCAAACCAUCUCUGCAGAAAGCACCUUCAAAAGAUGACAUCAUGCUUAAAAAAUGGAGAGACCCCCUGCAUGAGCGUGUAAAGGAAAAUAUUGAUAAAACUCUAGCUAACGAAAUACCCAAAGGACAUACAUUAACAAAAAAUGAGAGUUUAAGAAGUUUAUUAAAGCCAACACCACCACCAAUGCCUCCGCCAUUGCCACCAAAACUCCCGCCUCCACCGGAUUUCAAAAAAGCUCCAGUUGAUCCAACGAAGCUUAAAAAAAUAGAGCAACUACGGAGCAGACCGAGGCGAAGGCCUGACUGGACCGAUAUGAUGAAGGAAGUGGAACAAGGAAAAAAAUUAAAACACGUUGUUUGUAAUGAUAGAUCAAGUCCAAUAAUAACACGAUCAGUAGUAGUCAAGAAUAAGGACCAAUUUAUAUUUGAAUCUGAAAAACCUAACUCUCACAAUGAGCUUCUAAAAGAAAUCAAUAAAGGAAUAAAAUUGAAGAAAGUGAAGACUAACGAUAGAAGCAAACCUAAUUUGGAAGGUUUAAGGAAAUUUAGAAGACAAAUGACCAUUGAGGAACAAGUACAGAAAUCCAUGUCGCAAGCAAAUAUAGCUGCUUCUCCAUCAGGUGCAUCGGUGGCAGAGGCGCCACCAGGUGCGGAAGAAGAAGAAAUUGAUGAAAUGGACGAUAUCGACAAAGUUAGAGACGAUCUCCAGUCUACCAAACAACUAUUAGCAAUAGAACUGAGGAACAAAGAAGCUCAAGAAAGAGAAAACAAGCGUUUAUUAACUCGAAUACAUAAUCUUGAAGCUGAACUUGCUAGAGAGAGAGCUAUUAUUAAGCAAGAGCAACAUAAAACUGUUAUAUCAGUCACAGACGCGUAUGAUGAAAGGUUAGUUAAUAAUCUAAAAAUGGAAGUUGAAAAAGCUAAAGAAACAGCAGAUAAUUUAGAAAAGCAAUAUUUGGAAGCCGCAGAAGAAAGAGAUACAGCUCUCACAGAAUUAGAAGAAGUGAAACGAAGAAACGCAGAAUUAGAAAAAAAAUUAGAACAGGCUCUUUCAGACAAAAUAGAAGAACUCCUAAAAUCAGAAGAGCCUUUAUCUUUCUAUCAAAAGAGUCAGCUUGACUUUUUAAAGCAGUGUAGGUUAUUGAAUAUAGAUGUUAACUGCCCUGAAGCUCAACAACUUAAGAAUAACCUUACCGACGCUAAUAACAACGUUGCUAAUAACGCUUUUACUAACAAUAAUCAAGAUACUGAGGGAAUCAUACCCACAAAUGUUGGAUCAAGACGUUCCAGUCACGCCAUCAAACAACUCUCCGUAACAAGGGAUGACAGUUUUGAAGAAGAAGAGGAAUCAGAAGAAGAAGAGGAAGAGAGUGAAGAAAAGAAACAAAAGCGAAUAGAAAAAGAAAUUCGCAAUAUGAGGAAUAAGAUAAGACACUUAAAGGAGAAACAAGACAACAUGAAGAGAGAAAGGAUGGGAUACAAGAUGGCACUUAAGAAUCAACAGGCGUGCUUAAAAGAAGAAAAGCGUAAAUUUAAGGAGCUGAAGCGCGAAGUCGAUAAAAUGGCUGCAAUGAUGAAGGAAGUUGGUACAGAUGAAGAAGAUGAUGAUGAGGAGGAUGAAGAAUCUGAGGAAGAAAAAAAGAGUGAGACCGAGGAAGAAGAGGAAACUGAGACCGAAACCGAGCAGGAUACUGAGAGUGAAACCGAAAGUGAAAGCGAACCGGAGGAUGCACCUUUACCUAAAAAGAAAGACAAUCUUGUGAAGCGCUUGAAAAGACACGAAACAAGAGUAAAUGCCUUGAAGAAAGGCAACACACUUCUCAUGGCGAACGUUGAUCGACUGAAAGAUGAUGUACUCAUACAAAAAGAAAAAUCUCUUACACUCCAGAAAGAAUUGGAUUCACUUAUUGAUGAUCUAGAU